AUGCCCCGUGGCACGAACAAAGAAGCCGACGAGAUCGGCAAGAGGGCGUCCAGGCGCCUACCUCAGGAGCCUGGCGUCUUCGAAGAGCGGCUCUUCAAGCCUUCAGCAGCCCCUCCGGCUACGGAUCCGGCGCCGCCUUGGGAGGGGCUUCCCCCACCACCAGCCUCAGGAGCCCCAGCCUACGGUCCAACCUUAGGAGCCCGCCUGCUCCUGGCGCUCGAGCCCCAGGAGGGGUGCUGGACAGAAGAGUUCAGGGCGUACCUGAUGCAAGGAACAUUGCCAGAGAAGGAGGAAGACGCGGAGCGCGUGGCCCGGCAGGCUACAAAGUACUGCAUUCGGGAUGGUGAGCUGUAUCGAAAACAGCCAAAUGAUGUUUCUUUGCGAUGUGUCUCCAGGGAGCAAGGGUGCGAGAUGUUAGCUGGCAUACACGGUGGGGACUGCGGGCAUCAUUCGUCGUCACGCACCCUGGUGGGCAAGGCAUUCCUCAGCGGUUUUUACUGGCCCAAAGCACUCAACGAUGCAACCGAGCUGGUGAGAUCCUGCGAGGCCAGCUAG